CCCGGAACGUCACACCUGCGUCACGGAACAUGACGCACACCUAGCGGGCUGUAACGAAACUAAAUUUCACUUAGAAGAUUCACGAUUCGGAAAGUGACCCGGUGAAAAUAAUAAUUCGUGCAUGAUGUAAAGUUGAAAAGCAAUGUCUAGUUAAAUAAUGUAUUUUAUUUAAUUGAUUCUAAAUACAGUUAUACUCAAUAUCAGCGCGAACAAUGGGAGCAGUUCAUGCAAAGGAAAUAAAAGGCGACGAUUUGAUUGAUUCGAAUGUCAUAUCUGUGCGUGUGAACGAUGUCUCGGUCACGGUAGAGCGAAUUCACAUUGAUGGGCUAGGACGGACGAAAAACGAUGCUGUAGUGCCAGAGGUCAAGCAGAUAUUUCAAGCAAAAAAGUUUGAAGAUGUAAUCCUGAAAUCAUUAGAAGCAAAGUCAAAAUUGGAAGAUGUUGGUGCUUUUAAGAAAAUUCAAAUUGUCAUUGAUACUAGCAAAGAGGGUGGUGCCAGCGACGGGGUGGAGGUGAGCUUCAUCGUGGAGGAGUACAGUCGGAUUGGCGGCGGUAUACACACAAGCGUCGGAAACAAUGAGGGCAGUGUGGUGACUGGCGUUCGGCUGCCGAACUUGCUGGGACGGGGUGAGAAGUUGGUUGGAGAAUAUACUUACGGCUCGAGAAAAACACAAGGUUUCAAUCUAGUGUUCAUGAAGCCAUUCCUUCGAAACCCAGGAGCAAGAUUCACAGCAGGCAUAGGAAAAAGUGGAGGAGAGUGGCCAUGGAGUAGCUACAUGGAAUCAGACCUGGGAGCCAGCACUGAUCUGUCCUUUCAGUCGGUGUUUGGUCUCUACCACACUCUGAAGUGGGAAGGUGUGUGGCGGCAAAUACGGUGUCUAAACAACACGGCAUCGUUUGCAGUGAGGCAAGAGGCCGGCCAUUCACUCAAGUCUGCGCUCCAUCAUGCAGUAGUAUAUGACACGAGAGAUCACCCUAUCUUGCCAAAUGAGGGAUUCAUGCUUAGAUUGAACAAGGAGCUAGCCGGUAUAGGGCAUUGGAGAGAUGUUAAUUUUUGGAAAGGCGACAUAGAAUUUCAACUGAAUAAAUCGCUACUGUUUGGAACAGUUUUACAGGGCACUCUGGCGACAGGCAUGAUGCAGAGCCUGGACCGUGAACACGGACCUCGCAUCUGUGACAGAUACUUCCUCGGCGGUCCUCUCACGCUCAGGGGCUUCCAAAUGAGAGGCGCCGGCCCCAGCAGCGACGGUGAUGCUCUAGGCAGUACAUCAUACUGCGCAGGUGGUCUCCACCUCUAUACACCGCUGCCAUUCCGGCCCGGCAAGGGAGGAUUCGGCGAUCUCUUCCGCACGCACUUAUUCAUCAAUGCCGCCAGCCCUGACCCUUUUAAAGCAGGGCACGGCGCAGAAGAGACGAUGCAGCAUCUUGCUGCGCAGCUGAGGUGGGCCUACGGAGCGGGCAUCGUUCUAUGUCUAGGAAACAUUGCCAGACUUGAACUUAACUACUGCAUCCCCGUCGCCUUCCAGCCGACCGACAAGUUAAACAGAGGAUUUCAGUUUGGCAUUGGCUUGAACUUCUUGUGACGACACUACUGCCAAUCUUCAGCUCCACUUUAGCAUAGUACUUCGUAUGGCAACGCUCGAGGGGCUGUAUCUCCUGUGGCUCUCCCGUUGACACGAGCCUAGAAUCACUAGCACGGUCACUAUAGGUUUGUCGCUAUGACAACAGUAAGUCUUCUACGAUGGAUCAACGACCUGCUAACCCAGAUGAUGUGCACGUCAUCAUAAUGAUGCGAGUAAUGGGGACGUCCUUUAUAGGGGACAUCGCCUCACUUUUGUGCUCUUGCGUGAGUAGCCGUCGCUUAGGUGUUCCACUCGAGUGCUUGUCAAGUGGCGCGCGUUGUUUAGUCACUCUCUGCGCGAGGAGAGUGGGUCACAGUUCUCCUUCGUGUGACACACACUCGAUCUUUUCCACGCCAGAAGAGGGCGCCACUGCGACGUCGGCGUGCACGCGAGACGCGGGUGACUCCGUUUGGAAGCGACUGCAGCGUGUGUGCAGUGUCGCAACGAUGACGCGUGAAUUUGCAUUGCUAACACUCGCUGUUUGCUGAGUCGUCGGGCCGUUUGUAGCCACGUAGACAUUUAAUGUAGUCAGUCGUAUGAAUGUUUCAGCAUUUCGGCACAGCAGAGUCGUUGCAGCAGUACGAGGGUGCUUGCAUCAGGAGGCAGGGUAGUCGCUCCGGCGAUGUUGUUUAAAUGACAAUAAAGCGAGGCUUUCCUUUUGAUUUCAAGAGUACCUCAAGUGUGAAAUUU